UGCGGGGCUGCUGCGAUGAUUGGCUGCUGUGGGGCUGGGAUGUGGUCACGUGAGGUGGAGGCCGCUGCUGGCUUGGGACAAAUAAACAUGGAGGUCAUCUUCCACGAGAGGCAAGAAGGCUCAUUGUGCGCUCAGCACUGUCUGAAUAACUUACUACAAGGGGAAUAUUUUAGCCCUGUGGAGUUAUCUUCUAUUGCACAGCAGCUAGAUGAGGAAGAGAGAAUAAGAAUGGCAGAGGGAGGAGUGUCUAGUGAAGAGUACAGAACGUUUUUACAGCAGCCUUCUGGAAAUAUGGAUGACAGUGGCUACUUCUCCAUUCAAGUUAUAAGCAAUGCCUUGAAAGUUUGGGGUUUAGAACUAAUCCUCUUCAACAGCCCAGAGUAUCAGAGGCUCGGGAUCGACCCUAUAAAUGAAAGAUCAUUUAUUUGUAAUUAUAAGGAACACUGGUUUACAGUUCGAAAGUUAGGAAAACAGUGGUUUAACUUGAACUCUCUCCUGAUGGGUCCAGAACUAAUAUCAGAUACAUACCUUGCACUUUUCUUGGCUCAGUUACAACAGGAAGGUUAUUCUAUAUUUGUUGUAAAGGGUGACCUGCCAGAUUGUGAGGCUGACCAACUACUGCAAAUGAUUCAGGUACAGCAGAUGCAGCGACCAAAACUGAUUGGGGAAGAGACUGCACAAUCAAGAGAUGAAAGGGGGCAAAAAACUGACCUGGAACAAGCUUUAGACGUUAACCAUCCCUAUGAUGGAACAGGCAUGUUAGAUGAAGAUGAGGAGAAUUUCCAAAGAGCCCUUGCUCUAAGUAAACAGGAAAUUGAUAUGGAAGAUGAAGAAGCUGAUCUUCGUAGAGCCAUUCAACUUAGUAUGCAAGGAGGUCAUCGAAGUGAGUUUUCAGACUCUGUAUCGCAGAAUAUACCACAUUCGUCUGGUAUAAGUCAGUCUGAAUCUCUUUCUUCAGAAGAGCUGCGAAGGAGAAGACAGACAUAUUUUGAAAAACAGCAGCAACAGUCGCAGCAAGGCCAGACCCCAGAUUUCCAUGAUAAACCAACUACAAGUUCAAAUGCACUAGGAACAGACCCAGAAUGAUUACAGUGCAUUGAAAAGAGGUGAUAUGAGUGAAGAAGACAUGCUUCAAGCAGCUAUGAAUAUGUCCUUGGAAACUGUUAGGAACUGCCUGAAUACAGAAGAAAAGAAAUGACAAAAUGUUUUUUCUUUUGUCAGAACACUCAAUCUCCAUUAUAAUAUUCUUGUGUGGAUGCUGUACAAGCAGGGUUCAUUUCAGAGACAUGGGAUAUUGUCUAACCACAGAUGAAAAGAAGGGGGGCAGAGUUAAAAGGGGAUCUGAAAAUAACAAAAAUAUUGCACCAAUUUAGAUAUUAUGGCCCUGAUGCUGAAAAACACUUCAACUCAUGCAUAAUUUUGCUCAGGUGAGUAGUUUCAUUGACUUCAGGAGGAUUACUCAAGUGAGCAAAGUUAAGUGCCUUGUAGGCUCAGGGCCUGUGUGUUGGAUGCCCCAAAUAAGAGGCAAGUAUAAUUUACCUUCUUUUCUUAUUAACUGUCAGCUGCUUGGAGAAUUCAGCACAAAAUUACUAAAUUAGUGCAGUUUUCUUAUCAGUGAACUCAGAUGCCAUUCAAUAAUAAUUUAAAAAAUACAAAAAAGUUAGGCUCUUAAAUCAUUAAUAGAAAAUAUGGACACAUUUUAAAACCAGUAAGCACAUUUUAAAAUUAAAAAAAAUUUAAUUCAAUCUUUUACCCUCUAGAACCUGAGUUCAUGGUUCUGUGUUUCUCCUGCAAGAAUUGAUGGUAUUUCGCUUCCCAGAACCUAGAACAGAGCUCUCUGCUUUGCUGUUUUGUGCUUGCGAUAGGAUCAUUUCUGCAGGAGAAACACAAAACCAUGAGGUCUUGGCAGUUGAAAAGAAAAAUCUUCAGUAUAUUUGUAAUUAUAAUGCUACCCAAGUUAUCUUAAUGAUUUAAGAUCGACAUUUUUUGUACUUGCAGUACCUUUAGCAUUAUUUGAAAAUCAUCAUUAAAAGAAGGUUCAUGUCAAAGAUUUCUCCAGUUCUCUUACUUUAGGUCAGAUGAUUUGGCUACCUCUUCAUACUCUUUCCACCGAAUGCCAAAGUUGGCUUUACUGGAGAUGGUACUUUUUUCUGUGAGAGAGACAUAACAUGUUGGCAGUUGGGCUAAACAGUUUAUUCUUGUUUCUAAUUCUCCUGUUUUGUCUUAUGUUUUUUCUCUUUGAGUUCCUCCCCUUACCUUGGCCUCUCACCAUUUCUUCCUUCACACUACUAGUAAGAAUCUCUCUCUCUCUUCCCUGGUUAGUUAGUUCAUCAAGCUUUGUUGAGAGUGGGGGUGGGAAAGGAGGGAGAAAGAGAUUUAGAUGCCAUAACUUCAGUGCCACAUAUCUAAGGAGCAUUCCUGCAAUCUGAAAUGACCCCUGUGCAAGUAGUUUUGUUAAGACUGACUGUUUAUGUUUGUAUGUGUGCGCAUGUUUUUUCUCAAAUGUUUUUAUGAAUAUCUUCUAUUUUGUCAGAAUUUUACAGCUUUUUCAGGAAUGGCCUUCAUUCAUGCACCUUACAAUUUGUUUAUCAUGUUGUUUCUCUUACUGAGAAAAAUGGGGAGCAAAGUAUGCAAGCUAGCUUGUUCAAUCAGUUGUAAGACUUACCCUUUGAUACUCAAGAUGAAUGUGUGACAGAGUGACCAAAUUUGGCUUUCAACUUUACUGCAACAGUUUAAACAUGUUCUUUUUUCAUAAAUGGUGCUUUAACUAUAAAUUCUGUUUACAUAUAAAUUAUAUGGAAAUAUGUUAUAGAUGUAUGGUGUUUAAGCUGUUUUUCAUUUAGUAUGUAAGCAGUUGCCACAGACCUUCUAAGAAUAAUUUUUUGAAACUAUACAUUUGAUUUCUUUACCAAAAUAUUUUAAAAUUAUACUAUUGCACCAUAGUAAUGUAUUUAAUUAUAAUUAGUUAGAGUGAAUUAUAAUUAGAUGGAAAUAAACAUUCAGCACAGAAUAGUACUGUAUAUAAAAGGGCCGUUAGGUUUUGGUAAAGAUUUGUAUAGAAUGAUGGCUUCUUGAUGGCUUAGAAUAUUACUGUAAAAGAGAUCCUUAGGCUAAAUUUUGUUUCCUUUACUUGUAUGCUUAAUUUCCACUGAUUUCAGUAGGAACACUUGCAUGAGUAAGGCAAUGUGGAUAUGACCAGAGGACAAGUAAUGCUUUUUAGAAUUGCUUUUUAGUUCCACCAUUCUCAUCCUUGGUAGGCAAUACUGUUGUGCAUUUCAGUCUACCUAAUUGACUAACAGAUUAACUCUUUUGCCAUGCCUGCUGCACCAAGUUUUUAAAACAAAGUUACUGCUUUAAAAAACAAAACAAAAAACAACACCCUCCUUCCCCCCCUCCCCCAGGUUUGCAAUGCUGAAUGGCUGCACAAACCUAUCAGUAUAGAUUUCAGCUUCAAGAUUGACUGUUCCUUGUAAAUGAAAGUGAAAAAGGAUGCAUAUAAAGCAUGAAAUACUGUUUUUGUGUGGCUGGAAAUUCAUCAUGAUUUUUCUUUUUUUCUGCCUACAUUUUGCCUGUCAUAAACAUUCUCCUUUUUGGCAUGAGGCAGACAACAGCUGGAUGAACUUAUUUGACUUAAUUUAAAAUGCAGGAUUUUAUCUUUAUAAAUGGAUACAGAUUUGUAAAGACUGGUUAAAAGACUUCUUUUUUAAGACAUGGUAAUUGCUAAUUUCCUCUUCAGUUAUGUUAUGUUAUAAAUUAAUAUUUCUUUGGCUAUAUACUGUAGCAUUCCUAUAUAAAAAUCUGAAUUCUUAUAUUCUAGUGAUGUCAAACCACCUCACUGCCUAAGUAUUGUAGCAUACAAGAAAUGUAAGAUCAUGUAAUGCUUAAAAGGCACAACAGAGUGAAUCGGAUGUUAUGAAUAACCAUAUUCCUUUCAAUAAACGGUAUCAUCUAAAAAUUAAGUGAGCUAAUUGUGCACUUGGCCUUCUGAGAAGUAAUAAGCUCACUCAGACUGGUGACCUGUUAGGAAUUAGUUAAGAGGUAGCCCUGGAGGCUACAUACAUUAAUUGCACCAAAGGAAAAGGUGAAUAUGAACUAGUGACAAUACACAUAUUACAGUGUAGAUCCAAAGUACAGAAUGUGUGGAGCUGCCAAGAAGCCAUCAAUAAAAACUGAUCUCAUUUUCUCAAUGUGCAUUCUUUAAGUGAUAAGCACUUACUGACAUGUAUAAAUUGUGAAACACUUUUGUAAAUAAAGUUUAAACUAUUUGAGUCUUUU